CCACCAGUGAACCAGACUCCAGUGAACCAGCCACCAGUGAACCAGCCACCAGUGAACCAGACUCCAGUGAACCAGCCACCAGUGAAACAGCCACCAGUGAACCAGACUCCAGUGAACCAACCUCCAGUGAACCAGCCUCCAGUGAACCAACCUCCAGUGAACCAGCCUCCAGUGAACCAACCUCCAGUGAACCAGCCUCCAGUGAACCAGCCUCCAGUGAACCAGACACCAGUGAACCAGCCACCAGUGAACCAGACUCCAGUGAACCAGACACCAGUGAACCAGACACCAGUGAACCAGACACCAGUGAACCAGACACCAGUGAACCAGACUCCAGUGAACCAGACUCCAGUGAACCAGCCACCAGUGAACCAGACACCAGUGAACCAGACUCCAGUGAACCAGCCACCAGUGAACCAACCUCCAGUGAACCAGCCUCCAGUGAACCAACCUCCAGUGAACCAGCCACCAGUGAACCAGACUCCAGUGAACCAGACUCCAGUGAACCAGACUCCAGUGAACCAGCCACCAGUGAACCAGACUCCAGUGAACCAGACUCCAGUGAACCAGCCACCAGUGAACCAGACACCAGUGAACCAGACACCAGUGAACCAGACUCCAGUGAACCAGACUCGAGUGGAUCAGACUCCAGUGAACCAGACUCCAGUGGAUCAGACUCCAGUGAACCAGACUCCAGUGAACCAGACUCCAGUGAACCAGACUCCAGUGAACCAGACUCCAGUGAACCAGACUCCAGUGAGAGAUAUUACAGCUACAGAGAUCCGGAUCAAGAUGUCUCCUGAGUUUUUAUGUGGUACAGUCAUUCAGCUGACAGGGUCCAUGUAA